UCACAGAGGACCUACGGUGGCCGUGCGGGGUCAAAAGCGCGCUGCCUGCUCGUCGUGAGGGGCUGCCGCUGUAGUAAUGGAGGGGGUCACAGUCGGCCAGGUAUUUGAUGCGGAAUGCAUCCUCAGCAAACGGCCGAGAAAGGGCAAGUUUGAGUAUCUGGUCAAGUGGAGGGGGUGGUCGUCCAAGCACAACAGCUGGGAGCCAGAGGAGAAUAUUUUGGACCCGAGGCUACUGGCUGCGUUUCACAAGAGAGAACAAGAGAGGGAGCUUCUGUUCCAGAAGAAAGGCAAGAGACCGAGAGGACGUCCACGCAAGAUCCUGCCGCCUGAACCAGCUGCUACCAAAGACAGCCGCUCCUUGUCCUCCUCUUCCUCUGGCCUCUCAUCGUCUGCCUCCUCCUCUUCCUCAGAGGAUGAGGAGCACACAAAGAAAAAGGCCAGCCCUCGUGUCCACCCCGUCCCCCAGAAGAGGCCUCAGAUCGUGCUGGCCAAACCAGAUCCUCCACGCAAGAAGAAGCGUGGGAGGAAGCCGCUCCACCCUGACCUGAGGGCUUUAAGGCAAGCGAAGAGUAGACCUCCUCCUCCUCCUCCUCCUCCUCCUCCUCCUCCACCACCUCAGCGUCACCACCAGGUGGUCAGACCAAGCAGGGAGGAGCCUCGACCCGGUGUCAAGAAACCGCUGCAGCCAGCCAGCUUCACCUACACUGGGCUGAGCAGGACCUCCAGAGACGAGGCUGCCUCCGCCUCCCAGACCUCCACCAGCUCCUUCUGCCAGACAGCCGCCUCCAAAUCCGGAUCGCUCAGCUGCAUUUGGACCGGUCGCUCCAUGUCUCCGUCCUCUGGCUCCUCCUCAUACAACAAAAGCAGCCUGUCCCAGCAAAGUAAGAACUCUCUGUCUGAGCUGAAGCGCUCCGUCUCAGAAACUGGCAGCAGCAGAGGAGACGGCUUCAAGGCGUCUCCUCUGAAACAAGGUGGAGGUUCGGGAUCGUUGGGUCUGCACAGCAGCUUCGGGGGAGGCCAGACAGCCCAGCGCUCCCCGCUGAGCCCGAGGAGGCAGGAGGCUGUUGGAGGUCCGACCGGGUUGAUUCAACACCUGCAGCAGAACUCCGGUCUUUCCAAACCGUCGUCCUCACCUACGCCUCGAGACCGAACCAGUCAGGCGCUCAGCCUGCGAGCCCUCAACCUGCAGAGCGUCAACAAGCCGCCAGCUGGCAGCAGCCAUCAGGGAAACAACACGAGCGGCAGCGCCGGAGCUGCGGCCAGGUCGACCCUGAGGAGCGGCGGCAGCCUCGUCGUCAAAGGAGCGGUGGGGACUGUGAAAGAGACUCGGACAUCAGCCGGGUUGCAGCGCUCCGGUCUGAUGGCAGGCGGCGCUGCAGAGCAGAGAGGGGGGAAGGACAUGUUGGCAGGAAGCAGCGGGAGGCACGACGACAGGAAACACGGGCUCAGCUCUCAGAAUCGGAGCGUUAACGAGCUCAGCGCCGGUGACUCUGAUGAGACCAGCAGCAGCGAAUCAGAGCACGAUGCCACCCUGUAUCCAAACAACAGCAGGCCCAGCCUCGGCAACGACGCCACAGAGUCGGACACGGAAACGGACUGGCGACCGGCCCGGAGCCUCCUGGAGCACGUGUUCGUCACCGACGUCACAGCCAACUUCAUCACGGUGACGGUGAAGGAGUCGCCGACCAGCGUGGGAUUCUUCAACUCACGGAAUCACUGAAGGACAUCUGUGACGAUGCCUCAGUGUGCGGAGCUGAGCUGGACCAAACUGUCUCACAACACUUCCUGCAACAGGUCUCAGGGUUCCUACUCCUUCGGAUGUUCAUCCACAGAGAUUCCAGUCAUUUCCAGAUCUUUUUACCAUGUAGAAAUGCACCACAGGUUUGAGAAGCUUCUCGUGCUGUCCAAGGAGGCGAAAGCUUCUGUGGUUUCACUCAUGCAGGGAAGUGACAUGCGCAGUAGAGGACAGAAACACAGUGGACAUCAUGCUAAAUAUGAAACACUUUUGGUCAAGUAUUUGUAGAAACCAUGUAGGAACCCUGACCUCGUUUCCACCUGAUAUUAAAAUGCAGUCUGUGUCUGGAGAAGAAACAAAUGAACAUUCAGAGAGAGUGUGUGUGUGUGUGUGACAUCAGAGGUGAAUGGUUUCUGGUUUGUGGUGGUCACAGCGUAGUCCGCAGACCUGAACUAGAAUUUAGUUUGUGGUGGAGCAUUUUGGAAGCAGCAUAGUUGCAGCUACUCAGAAAAACCUCAGAACUCGCUGAGGACAGUCGGCAUUAAAUUGUAAGUUUUUUGAAUGAAGUUUGGUUUGACGUUGAGACUUUGAAAGUGUUUGCUCAGCUGUCAUGUACAGACUCUUCGGGGGUUGUGUGAUGUGUGACCCAUAGACGACCGCCCGCUACGUCUCCCAACUGCUCCACCCGCUGAUACAGCUAAUGACACGACACCGAGCAAAGUUUAUUUUGUCAUCCUUCCCAGUGAAAACCGUUGAGGAAGAUUCUUAGAUAAAAUUCUCACGAGCGAUGAAUCGAGCGGUGAGUCAUUCUGACAACCAGCUUCCUCUCUCCGCUUACACACUGCAUUUUGUUAGAAGGUGUACAAACGGGCCUUAAGGCCUACAGAUGGAUGUACAACAGCACCUCUCCAGUGCCUCAGGUUCUUCCAGACGCUCUCGAGCCCACUGCCACCACUCAGCUGCUUGUGAUGAUUAGUUUGAGUAGGACGUUUCGUGCUUGUCGGACGUGUUUCCAAGCUACAGUAAGUGGUUUUAUCCAGGGCAGCAUGUGUAGAAUAAGAUGUUAAAAGAAGAAAAAGACGUGAAGUCGGUCUGUGUCCAUCCAUACUCCAGUCCCAUGUGGGCUUUUGUACUCGUCAUUCAGUUCUCUUUGGACCAAAGCUGUCAUGAAUGUGAAUUAUCUCCUGUUUCAUUUUUGUUAUUGUCAGUAUUUCUUGCACUACGCACAGUAUGAACGUCAUCAUCUCAGAAGAGACUUUUCCAUCAUCACUUUACCAGUUUUAUACCAUUUUGAAACGUUUGCUGUCACAGUGUCUUUUGGAGUUCAAAUAUGUGUUAAUUUAUAUUUGUAAAUACGUUUUUUCCAUGUGAUAUCUAAUAUUUCUGGUGCUCAUAUUGGCUUACUAGCUUCAGACACUUGUAGCCUGUGUGCCUCUCCGCCAUUUCAAAGGUAUCGGAAAUAAACCAUAAGUACCUGAAGAA